GCUUUCAAAUAAAACAGCAAUAAUUGAAUGCCUUGAUUGCGGGAAACACCGGCAGGAUGUUGGGUUGGUUUGGUCUGAAUUGCCAGCUAACUUUCCUUAAAAUGCCCAACCUGCACAAGACGAAUUAAGGCAACCUCGCAGGUGCUCCAUUCAGAUGGACGCUCUGGUCCUUAGGAAGCGGGGCUACACUCUUGGUAUACAUCUAGGCGAGGGAUCGUACGCCAAAGUGAAAUCAGCGUACUCUGAGCGCCGGAAAAUAAAUGUUGCUGUUAAAAUUAUUAACAGAAACAAGGCACCAAAGGACUUUCUAGAUAAAUUUCUACCCCGUGAAAUUGAGAUGAUGGCAUGCCUCAGCCACCCCAACAUCGUCAAAACUUUUGAGAUCUUUGAAACUUCGGAUGGGAAGGUCUACAUGAUAAUGGAACUCGGUGUACAAGGCAACUUGCUGGAGUUCAUCAAAUUCCGCGGGACAUUACCAGAGGAUUUUGCUAGGAAGAUUUUUCGCCAGUUGACCGCGGCCAUUAAAUUCAUUCACGAGAAGAACAUCGUCCAUCGGGAUUUGAAGUGUGAGAAUCUUCUCUUGGAUAAGGAUUUUAAUAUGAAAGUUGGUGAUUUGGGGUUCAGUCGCAAGCUGAGCUACGAUGGCAAUGGUGACAUGGUGCUGAGUAAAACUUUCUGCGGCUCUACCGCCUAUGCAGCCCCUGAAGUUUUACAGGGGACACCAUACAACCCCAAAAUGUAUGACGUCUGGAGCAUGGGUGUCGUUCUCUUCAUAAUGGUUUGCGGUUCAAUGCCCUUUGAUGAUUCAAAUGUAAGGAAGAUGCUCAAGGCCCAAAAGGAGCACCAUGUGGCGUUCCAUCGGUCAAGAAACCCUUCAGCAGAAUGCAUAGCCCUAAUCUACAGCAUGCUGCAUCCAGACCCACUAAAGAGAAUCGAGAUCGGUUGCGUCACUGAGCAUUUGUGGCUGCAAGCAAAGUUGAGAGCGGAUGACGGGAACAAAGUACGUCAUGACGAAUCACAACCAUCGUGCAGCGUGAAAGACGGCAAAGACGAGGGCACGCAUUCCAAGGACCACAGCAAGGGCCCAAAGGCGGAGGUUGAUGGAAAACCAGGCCACUGUCAGGCAGCUACUGUGAAUUGCGAGACCACUUUGAAAGCCUAAGAACUGCGUGACUGAGCGACAAGAAUACUGAAGGAUAUAACAGACGAGGGAGAUGCUGGAGGCACUCAGAAGUAAAAGCUGGAGGCAGUCCAUCUGAAGGGGUUGGCCACUGGAUGGAUGAAACAGCUAAAAGCUGACAUUAAACCGUCUGUGCCUUGCAACCGAAAGCAAACCCAGUCUUCAUUUAGGUAUAGGCCAAAACAUUAAGAAAGAAAAGUUUUUUCUGUAUCCUUGCUCACUGGGUAAGUAGAACGCUCUCUCCCUCAGCAAUCAGUGUGCAGUUAUAUAAUGGAAUUAAAUCUUUGUUGGAUCUUGAACAUCCUUAAGAUUUGGUUCACUGUGUGCACAAAUGGACCCGCAGAUAUAUUUGAUUUUAAUCAAGGCAUCUAAUUUUAAAAUGUGCGAUUACAUUAUGGAAACCAGGACAUUUUUAUAAUUCUGUAUUGAUAUUGGAUUAGAGCCCUACUUCUAAAAAUGCACAAGAAUUGUUUUGCUUCUCUGAAGGACUCUUCGUUAUGUUUGCUAUUGAGUUUAUUUAAGCAUUUAAUUUAGGCAAACUGAAGCCUAAUGUACAGACAAAUUUACUGAAAACUGAAAAGAGUGUACUGUGAAAAUCAGUGGACUUGAAAAUUGUAUAAAUACAAUUUAAUACAGAUGUUCCUGGUAACUACAUAAUGGGCUACACUCCUCUGAGCACACAAACGCUGCACGCACGCGCGCGCACACACACACAUACACACACGCACGCACGCACACGCACGCAACACACACCUACAAAAAAUG